GGACCGAGAGGCGCUGAGGGGGACUCUCCGCCGCCAUGCACGUCGUGAAGCGAGAUGGGCGCCAGGAGCGGGUCAUGUUUGACAAGAUCACAUCGCGCAUCCAGAAGCUCUGCUAUGGCCUCAACGCCGACUUCGUGGAUCCUGCACAGAUCACCAUGAAGGUGAUCCAGGGGCUGUACAGCGGGGUCACCACGGUGGAGUUGGACACUCUGGCCGCAGAGACCGCGGCCACGCUGACCACCAAGCACCCCGACUACGCCAUCCUGGCCGCCCGCAUCGCCGUCUCCAACCUGCACAAGGAGACCAAGAAAGUCUUCAGUGAUGUGAUGGAGGAUCUCUACACCUACAUCAACCCUCACAACGGGAAGCACUCCCCAAUGAUCUCCAAAGAGACUCUGGACAUAGUUCUGGCCAACAAAGAUCGCCUGAACUCUGCCAUCAUCUACGACAGAGACUUCUCCUACAACUACUUCGGCUUUAAGACUCUGGAACGCUCCUACUUGCUGAAAAUCAACUCCAAAGUGGCUGAACGUCCCCAGCACAUGCUGAUGAGGGUGUCUGUGGGCAUCCACAAGGCCGACAUCGACGCUGCCAUCGAGACCUACAACCUGCUCUCGGAGCGCUGGUUCACCCACGCCUCGCCCACGCUCUUCAACGCGGGCACCAACCGGCCCCAGCUGUCCAGCUGCUUCCUGCUGUGCAUGAAGGACGACAGCAUCGAGGGCAUCUACGACACCCUGAAGCAGUGUGCCCUCAUCUCCAAAUCUGCGGGGGGCAUCGGCCUUGCUGUGAGCUGCAUCCGUGCCACGGGCAGCUACAUUGCUGGGACAAACGGGAAUUCCAACGGGCUCGUCCCCAUGCUCAGGGUGUACAACAACACCGCCCGCUACGUGGACCAGGGUGGGAACAAGAGACCUGGGGCUUUUGCCAUCUACCUGGAGCCGUGGCACUUGGACAUCUUUGAGUUCCUGGACUUGAAGAAGAACACAGGCAAAGAAGAGCAGCGAGCCAGGGACCUGUUCUUUGCUCUCUGGAUCCCUGAUCUCUUCAUGAAGCGAGUGGAAACCAACCAGGACUGGUCCUUAAUGUGCCCGAAUGAGUGUCCUGGCCUGGAUGAUGUCUGGGGAGAGGAAUUUGAGAAGCUCUAUGAGAGCUACGAGCGGCAGGGCCGCGUGCGCAGGGUGGUGAAGGCCCAGCAGCUCUGGUACGCCAUCAUCGAGUCCCAGACCGAGACUGGCACCCCCUACAUGCUCUACAAGGACUCCUGCAACAGGAAGAGCAACCAGCAGAACCUGGGCACCAUCAAGUGCAGCAACCUGUGCACCGAGAUCGUGGAAUACACCAGCAAGGAGGAGGUGGCUGUGUGUAACCUGGCCUCCAUUGCCCUGAACAUGUAUGUGACCCCUGAGCACACCUAUGACUUCAAGAAGCUGGCUGAGGUCACCAAGGUCAUCGUCCGAAACCUCAACAAAAUCAUUGAUAUCAACUACUACCCUGUGCCAGAGGUGAGUGUUCCUCAGAUCCUUCAGUAUGACAUGUGGAAUGUCACCCCCUCUGACCUUUGGGACUGGAAGGCUUUGAAGGAGAAGAUUGCCAAAUACGGUGUCAGGAACAGCCUCCUCAUUUCCCCCAUGCCAACAGCCUCCACUGCCCAGAUCCUGGGCAACAACGAGUCCAUCGAGCCCUACACCAGCAACAUCUACACACGCAGGGUCCUCUCAGGGGAGUUCCAGGUUGUGAAUCCCCACUUGCUGAAGGAUCUCACGGAGAGGGGCCUGUGGAACGAGGAGAUGAAGAACCAGAUCAUUGCCCACAAUGGCUCCAUCCAGAACAUCCCUGAGAUUCCUGAUGACCUGAAGCAGCUCUACAAGACCGUGUGGGAGAUCUCCCAGAAAACCAUCCUGAAGAUGGCUGCAGACAGAGGGGCCUUCAUCGACCAGAGCCAGUCCCUGAACAUCCACAUUGCUGAGCCCAACUACGGGAAGCUCACCAGCAUGCACUUCUAUGGCUGGAAACAGGGCCUGAAGACUGGCAUGUAUUACCUGCGCACAAAGCCCGCUGCCAACCCCAUCCAGUUCACCCUCAACAAGGAGAAGCUGCGGGACCGGGAGAAGGCCAGGGAGGAGGAGGAGAAGGAGAGGAACAAGGCAGCCAUGGUGUGCUCCCUGGAGAACAGGGAGGAGUGCCUCAUGUGUGGCUCCUAAGGGACAGCCCAGGGCUGCAGCAGAGCCGUCCCAGCUGGAGCUGCUGGGACAGGGGCGUCUGCAGCAACGGGAGGAUGCUGGGGCUGGGAGGGAGGGGGGUGGUGUAGCUUCCCCAUCCACAGGGGUGGGGCACAUGCAUAGGUGAGGAUUGCUUUAGUGCCUGGGCUUGCAGGGAGUGCAGUGCUCUGGCACGGCCUUCCAUGGAGCCCUGCAGGCAGGAGGGGGACGGGGAGGUGCUGGUGCCACUCACAGGUCUGUCCUUGACUGUCCCUGCAGUCACCAAAGGCUGCUCCUCGUGUUCCAGAGGAGGUGCACACCAGGCUGGUCCCUUUUCCUUGGCAGGGAAUCCCCAGGGUCGCUGUAUUCAGUGUCCAGCUGACACCUGCAGUGUCCCCACCCUGCCAGAGCCUCGUCCCUCUGCUGCUCCCUGUCCUCAUCCCCUCUGGCCUUUCCAGAAAGCCUUUGGAAGGAGCAGAUGGGUGGGAGGGGUGUUGCUUCCUGGGCUCUUCUCCCUCGGCUGCCAGGGCAGAGCCUGGCACUGGCUCAAUGUCCUGCAAUGGGGGCAGGAAGGGCAGAGCUGCUGCCGUGUUUUAUUCUGCAUUAAAUUCAUUCAUUUAGUCUAAUUGCUCAGGCAGUUUCCUGGCAGGGGGCCAGUGCUGUCCUUGGCCACAGGUCAGGUGCCACCCUGUGAGGGCCACAUGCCACUGGUGAAGGUCUCCUGCCACCUCUUUUCAGAGAGCUCCGUUUUUCCACC